CCCGGCGCCGCGGCCACGGAUCUAGAGGUGGUCCGGGGCAGGCGCGCCGCCCUCUUCUGCGCCGCAGUGGCCAUCGUGCUGGGGCUGCCGCUCUGGUGGAAGACCACGGAGACCUAUCGGGCCCCUCUGCCUUACUCCCAGAUCAGUGGGCUGGAUUCCCUGCAGCUCAGGCUCAUGGUGCCCGUCACCGUGGUGUUCACCCGGGAUUCGGUGCCGCUGGACGAUCAGGAGAAGCUGCCCUUCACCGUUGUGCACGAAAGAGAGAUUCCUCUGAAAUACAAAAUGAAAAUUAAAUGCCGUUUCCAGAAGGCCUAUCGAUGGGCUUUGGAGGAAGAGGAAGAAGCCCUGUCACUAGACAAUGUGCAAGAGGCAGAAGCCGUGUUGGCUGAGUCCCAGGAGCAGCUGGAGGGCUCCCUGACUGUGUAUGUGAUCUCUGAGCAGUCCUCACUUCUUCCCCAGGACAAGAUGAGCUACAUUGGGCCUGGGAGGACAGCAGUUGUGCGGGGGCUCAUGCACCGGGAGGCCCUCACCAUCAUUGGCCAUCGCGUGAUCCAGGUGGCCCAGGCCAUGUCUUUGACAGAGGAUGUGCUUGCUGCCGCCCUGGCUGACCACCUUCCAGAGGAGAAGUGGAGCUCCGAUAAGAGGCGGCCCCUCAAGUCCAGCUUAGGCUAUCAGAUCACUUUCAGUCUACUCAACCCAGACCCCAAGUCCCAUGACGUCCACUGGGACAUCGAGGGUGCCGUCCGGCGCUAUGUACAGCCCUUCCUGGAUGUUCUAAGCAUCACUGGCAACUUCUCUGUGGACUCUCAGAUUCUUUACUAUGCGAUGUUGGGGGUCAACCCGCGGUUUGACCCAGCUUCCUCCAGCUACUACUUGGCCAUGCACAGCCUCCCCCAUGUCAUCAACCCUGUGGAAUCCCGCCUAGGCUCCGGUACUGCCACCCUGUACCCUGUGCUCAACUUUCUCCUCUACGUACCUGAGCUUGCCCACUCUCCCCUGUACAUUCAAGACAAGGAUGGGGCUCCGGUGGCCACCAAUGCCUUCCACAGUCCCCGCUGGGGUGGCAUCAUGAUCUACAAUGUGGACCCCAAAGCCUACAACGGUUCUGGGCUGCCAGUGAGAGUGGAGGUGGACAUGGUACGAGUGAUGGAGGUGUUCCUGGCACAGUUGCGGCUGCUUUUUGGGAUUGCUCAGCCCCAAGUGCCUCCAAAAUGCUUGCUGUCAGGGCCGAAGAGUGAGGGGCUAAUGACGUGGGAGCUAGACCGGCUGCUCUGGGCCCGGUCAGUGGAGAAUGUGGCCACUGCCACCACCACCCUCACCUCCCUGGCCCAGCUGCUGGGCAAAAUCAGCAACAUUGUCAUCAAGGACGAUGUGGCAUCUGAGGUGUACAGGGCUGUCGCCGCAGUCCAGAAGGCAGCAGAAGAGUUGGCCUCUGGGCACCUGAGCUCUGCCUUCGUCGCCAGCCAGGAAGCCGUGAUGUGCUCUGAGCGUGCCUUUUUUGACCCCUCGCUCCUCCACCUCCUCUAUUUCCCUGAUGACCAGAAGUUUGCCAUCUAUAUCCCACUCUUCCUCCCUAUGGCUGUGCCCAUCCUCCACUCCUUGGCCAAGAUCUUCCUGGAGACCCGGAAAAACUGGAAAAAACCCGAGAAGACAGAGUGAGCAGGCAUCUCAGUAGGAAGCCUGGCUCUGCAGCUGAGGCAGGAAGGGUGAGCUUGAGAGGCUCAUGGAUGUUCAGGGCCCUGCCGAGAAUGACUGACUGACUGUCUGCAGCACCUGAAGCACAGUACUCCAAGAUGGGCUCAUCUUCCCUUCCCCUCCCAGGCCCUGGACUCGUGCCCCUUCCCCACGUUUCAUCACCUGCGUCUGUUUAUCUGACUUGAACUUGAAGGCCUCUGUCUAUCUUCCCUCUGGGGCAGGGGCAGUUGCUGUGUCUGCCUCAGCUCCCAACAUAGCAGCUCGCGUGCUGACAGUGUGUAUGCAUCAGGGCGCGGGUCCCGUGUUAGAUUCCAGCCUCUGCCCGCCAUGCUUCUCUCCAACAUAGGAGGAGAGCUCCAGCAUCGUGAUUGUGGAAGGGGCCAGACAUGGGUCCCCUCUGGGGAAUUCCGCCCAGUUCCCCUCCUCUGUGAUUGACUUCGCCUGUUGGCUGUGGGCUGGCCGGAGCCCAGGAGCUGGCGCUUUGUGUAGUAGCAGAUUUCCUUCAUGCUGGCCGAGAGAUGGUGUGGUUAAGUUCCAGACUGCGAAUCAAACAGGCCUAAAUUCAUUAUCCCUGCUUCUGCAGUAUCACUUGAGGAGCCUUGGAUAAGCCACUUAAUCUCAUUGAGCUUUUUUUUUUCCUUCAAUUUUCAAAUGACACUGAUGAUACCUCUGUCCGAAGGUGAUGGUGAGGAUUAACUGGUGAGAUGUGAGGGUGUCUGCCGUCUAUUAGGCUCUUAAUAAAUAUUGGGUUGAUUAUAAA